AUUUUAGAACAUGGCUAUGAAUAUGAUAAAGAAUGUUGUGCGCAAAAUCUAGUAAAAAACAAUUUCUGAAUACUGUAUGAUUCUAAUUGGUGAGAAAAAUGCUUUGGCGCCAGCCCUGCCAACAAUUGUGGAAAAAGUCAACAAAGAAGGCAGUCAUUUAUGAUCCGUGUCGACGAUAAGUUGAUGAAAACAAUACACAAUAUAAAUGCUCAAACAAUAUCGCCGGUCAUGGAUAUCAUUCUCCUCACGUCAUUAAAUAUUAGUUUGUGUAUAUUUGUCAUUAUUUCUUUUGUCCAUGAUCAUCUUCAUUUUAUUGAUGACAGCCACAUACGGUCAACAAAUAACAAAUAUCGAUGUUCGUGGACGGAAAUCUCGAUUUCAUAAUACAAUUAUUAAUGUCUUAUGGGUCUUUGACAAAAUUGUAUUGUAAUAGGUAAUAGGUCAUCCUAAAUCGAUUUAAAUAUAAAAAUAUAUGAAAAAGUAAAUGAGCUUGACCAGCAAAAAGAGAUAAAUAAGAGAUUAAUACUGCAGUAUUUACAACUGAAUAAAGGAUAUUCUUCACAACGUGCUUACAAUUGUAGUUUCUGAUGCACGUUUUGGGAGGAAGGAUGCACGGUCAAAUCUUUCGAACGAUUUUUUUCCUCAUUUUAUUAACAUAUAAUGUAAAAUCUGCAAGACGCACUAGACCUAGUAGGACAAGGGGUACCACUAAAGUAGAUGGGAAGAGUGGUAAGAAUAGUGCAUUCUUUUGUAGCGGUCGAAGUUGUGGAGAAGGGAAAUAUUGCAACAAACAGAAAAUGUGCAUGCCAACGAAGUUUGAUGGACAAAUAUGUACAGAGAACAAGGAAUGUAUGAGUGACAUAUGCUUGAAAGGUGUUUGCAAAUCAUGUAGAAAUGAUGGAGACUGUCCCAGUAAAGGUGCGCGUGAUGAACGUCUUCUAAAGAUCGUAGAGGAAGCAAAGGCGUUCUGCGUUAACAACGACUGUGUAAAAUGUACAAAGGAUGAGCAUUGUAAUUUAGGAAGGGUUUGCACAAUCGACAACAGGUGUGAACAAUGUGACUCCAACGAGGACUGUAAAUCAUAUUUACACUGCGAGAGAGGUAUUGAAAAUUGGUGUGUGCAAUGUUACAAAGACGAUCACUGCCCAACCAGUAAAAGCCAUUGCUUAUCUAAAAGAUGCGUCGAAUGCAUAGAAGGUAGUGAUUGUCCAACUGGACGAUGUGAUAGUAGAAACGAAUGCGUUGGUCCACUUUGCGACGGAUGGUGUUUUUCAAACGCAGGCUGUAUAUCAGGACAGUGUCAAUUUCACUCAGACAAAGCAAAUCGAGGGACUUGCAAGUACUGUGGCGAAGAAACGAAUGGAGUUCAAUAAUGAACACAAUGAAACAAUAAACAUAUUUAAAAUUGAAUCUGGGAUAAAUAUACUAAUACUAGAAUAUGGAUUUCAAGUUUUUAUGAUCUCCAACCAAUCUUUGCAUGCAGAAUAUCUCUUAUUUACUGGCCUUUGUUCUUAAUGACAAACAGUCAUUAAUGGAUCAUUAAUAAUGCGACGUCCAGUAGGCGACGACAAUCUUGAUCAGUAUAGAAUAAUAAUAAAACAGUAAAUAUUUGCGACGAAAUGUAGUAAAACGGAUCAUUUAUAAUUACCAAGAUGCAGGUAGUUAGUUACCAGUUUCACCACUGGUGGCUAAUUUGGGUCAAAUGAUAGCACUUAGAGGAGCAGGUUUUUCUCAGAAACUUCAAUAUUCAAUUAUACAUCAAUUCUGAAAUAAGCUUUUUCGUUUUCAUUAUUACACAUACUAUGUCUAAUACAAGAAAAGAUUACCAAGAACAUAUAUUUCACUUUUCACGCUGUGUUUCAUGAUUUUAUAGAAUGGGCUUUGUGAAGACUCCCCACACAUUUCAAAAGAAAAUAGAAAUUUCAAAG